UCCCGAUGGACACGCGGAACCGAGAGAACACAGUGAGGGUGAGAACGUGGCGACCAAGACCAAAGAUGCUCUGCCGUGCCGUGUAUGAAGAAAAAGAAGAAGAUGGACAAUGAAAGCCGGCCGGCUUUUCUUUGUGACGCUUGACUGGACGCACGGCGACACCUCACCUUGAUGGAUUUUUAAAAGUGUGCUGCUGCGGAAUAUGCGCGUCACAAAAACGCCUGUGGAUGCAAUGCAAAGUGUUGGCGCCUACUUCAUUUAGAAGAGCGAAGCGCGUGGAAGCGAGAGGACCGUUUGCAUUCUUUCCUUAUUGGGAGUCACCUGAAGGAACAAGUUGUUCAAACAGAGGCACAAGCGGACCCGAACGCUGCCCAAAGUAUUCACUGGUGGAUGCUUCCAAAGUGUUAGGGAGAACCCCCGCGCGGCGCGGCGCGGCGCGGCGUGGCGUGGCGUGGGGACGGAGAGCUUUGAGCACCGGGGCUUCGCUCGCUCCCUCGCUCCCUCGCUCGGGGCCCUCUUGCAGCACAGCACCGCAGCGCACCGCAGCUGCUGCACCGAAGCUGCUGCACCGACGCUGCUGCACACAAGUGCGCCAACGAUCCACUUGGGAAGCCUGCGCUCCUCCAAAGCAAACAACCUCCCUCCCUCCCUCCCUCCAUCCAGCCUGUCAGCCUGUUCUCUUUUUCGAGCUGCUGUGGACUUUGCAGCCACCAAAGUGAUCAUGCGAUGACUGGACGCCCAUUGGAGACGUCGACAGAGUCCAAAUCAGGAGGCCAAUGAUGGCCGAGGAUGGGGGCAAUCUCUCCGGGGGCUCGGAGGGCCGCUCUUCUCUGCCCAGGACUUUCAUCCGUCUCAACGACUUAUCCGGGAACGGGGCCGGCGGAGUGGGCGAGGAGCGGACGGAGGUGACGGUGGAAGCGGCUCCCCCGGCGGCCCCCGAUGGGACCUCCUUGGCCGAGGAUGAAGCGUCAGCCUCCGGUGAGGAAACCCUGCCUUACCCCACCUUGGCCCCGGUGGUCUUCUUCUACAUGAAACAGAGCACCCGUCCUCGGAGCUGGUGUCUCAAGAUGGUUUGCAACCCGUGGUUUGAACGAGCGUCCAUGUUGGUGAUCCUGCUCAACUGCGUCACUUUGGGCAUGUUUCAUCCCUGUGAGGACAUCGACUGCAACUCUGACAGAUGUCAAAUCCUGCAGGAUUUUGAUGACUUUAUCUUUGCAUUCUUUGCCAUUGAGAUGGUCAUUAAGAUGGUGGCUCUUGGGAUUUUUGGCAAGAAAUGUUACCUUGGAGAUACCUGGAACCGCUUGGACUUCUUCAUAGUCAUAGCAGGAAUGUUGGAGUAUUCCCUCAACCUGCAGAACGUGAGUUUUUCAGCCGUGAGGACGGUCCGAGUCUUGAGGCCAUUGAGGGCCAUCAAUCGAGUGCCAAGUAUGCGCAUCCUGGUCACCCUGCUGCUCGACACUCUGCCCAUGCUGGGCAACGUGCUGUUGCUCUGCUUCUUUGUCUUUUUCAUAUUUGGCAUCGUGGGAGUUCAGCUGUGGGCCGGCCUGCUCCGAAAUCGUUGCUUUGUUGAGGACAACUUCUCCUUCCCUCUGUCUGCGGAGCUGGAGAAAUACUACCAGACGGAAAAUGACGACGAGAACCCUUUCAUUUGCUCUCAGCCCAGAGAGAACGGCAUGAGGGAGUGCGGCUCCGUGCCCAAGCUCUACGACGAGGCGGGUCUGCUGCAAUGCAACCUGGACAUGUACUCGUACAACAGCACCGAUAACACCACCUGCGUCAACUGGAACCAGUAUUACAGCAACUGCUCGGCCGGUCUGGUCAACCCCUUCAAGGGGGCCAUCAAUUUUGAUAACAUCUGCUACGCCUGGAUUGCCAUUUUCCAGGUGAUCACUCUGGAAGGCUGGGUGGAUAUCAUGUAUUUCGUGAUGGAUGCGCAUUCCUUCUACAACUUCAUCUACUUCAUCUUACUAAUUAUCAUUGGCUCGUUCUUCAUGAUCAACCUCUGCCUGGUCGUCAUCGCCACCCAGUUCUCGGAAACCAAGCAGAGAGAGAGUCAGCUGAUGAAGGAGCAGAGAGUUCGCUUCAUGUCCAACGCCAGCACCUUAGCUUCACUUUCCGAACCGGGCUCUUGCUACGACGAGCUGCUCAAGUAUCUGGUCCACGUGAUCCGUAAGGGAGCCAAACAGGUGGGCCGCAUCUGCAGGUUCUUAGCACGUCGCGCGGGACUCCACAUUGCCGCCUCGCCGCCUCCGGUGGAACCCCAACAACGGCAAAGCCGGAGGAGGAGUCGGAAGUCCUCCAGACAGGGCUCCUUUUCCGUUUAUCACGUGGCCCACCCGCACCCCCACUAUCAUUAUCAUUUUGGGAACGGUAGUGUGAGAGCAGGAGGGAACAUCAGAUGUCUGGAAGGUCAGGAUGCCCAUCCAUCUUCUCAGAAUAACAACAGCGUAGGAGCAAAUACGACCUUAGGCCCGCCCCCGCGUUCGCUCAUUCCCGCCACUUCGGACAGCGAUCUGGCAGGAUUCGCCAUCGGCCUGCUCCACCGAGAAACUCCCUCAACCGCAAACCUCUGGCAAACCCCGAGCCAAUCGUCCUUCGCCUCAACGUCUCGGGCGACGAAGAGGAACUCUGUGCCCUUCGCUGCUCCCGCCCUCAAGAAUUACCCGACUCUCCAGGCCCGAGCUUUCGCCGAGUCCAGACGAGGAAGCGUGGCGACCGCUACGCUGAUGAACGUCAGUCUCAACAUUCCGCCGGCGCCGUACGGGAGAAGGCGGCAGAGCUUGGCGGACGCCCCAGCUGCGGGCCAGCCGUCCUCCUGCCAGCUGUCUGCUCGUGACCUCAGCGCCACGAGCAGCGUCACGGACGUGGCGGGCUUGACGCCGGAGGCCGAAAGUUGCCCUUACUGCGCAAAGGCUCUGGCCAACGGGUCGGAGGGCGGCACGGAGACGCCGGGAGAUUCCGACAGCGACGGGGUCUACGACUUUAACAGGCGGGACGGUCGGCGGCGGCGGCGGGCCGAGCGAAAGCCCUUCAGGCUGGGCGCAACAGCCGCCAAGGUGGUGCGCUUCUGGAGGCUGGUGUGCGAUACCUUCAGGAAAAUCGUGGAUAGCAAAUAUUUUGGACGUGGGAUCAUGAUCGCCAUCUUGAUCAACACUCUCAGCAUGGGAAUCGAGUAUCACGAGCAGCCUGACCAACUGACCAAUGCCUUGGAGAUCAGUAAUAUUGUGUUCACCAGUCUCUUCUCCCUGGAGAUGCUGUUAAAAGUUUUAGUCUACGGACCUUUUGGGUAUAUUAAGAACCCUUACAACAUCUUUGACGGCAUCAUUGUAGUCAUCAGUGUGUGGGAAAUUGUGGGUCAGCAAGGCGGAGGUUUGUCCGUGCUGAGGACCUUCCGGCUCAUGAGGGUGCUGAAAUUGGUCCGAUUCAUGCCGGCCCUUCAGAGGCAACUGGUGGUGCUGAUGAAGACCAUGGAUAAUGUGGCCACCUUCUGCAUGUUGCUCAUGCUCUUUAUCUUCAUCUUCAGUAUUCUGGGGAUGCAUCUGUUUGGGUGUAAAUUUGGUUCCGAACGGGACGGCGACACCCUGCCGGACCGAAAAAACUUUGACUCUCUUCUCUGGGCCAUUGUGACGGUUUUCCAAAUUUUAACCCAAGAAGACUGGAACAAGGUGUUAUAUAACGGCAUGGCAUCCACAACCCCGGUAGCAGCUCUCUACUUUAUUGCCCUGAUGACUUUUGGUAACUACGUUCUCUUCAACCUGCUGGUGGCCAUCUUGGUGGAAGGCUUCCAAACGGAGGGAGAUGUUUCCAAAGCCGGUUCAGAGAUUGAUUCCUGUGCCCGCAGUAUGGAGGAUGUUAACGGCAGUAAGAGGGAUUCAUCAGCUUCUGCAGUAGUACCCGUAAACGGUCAUGUGGAUUUGAAGAGCAGCCUGACUCCUCCACUGAUUACUCACACGGCAGCAACUCCCAUGCCUAUACCUAAGUUACCCAUCACGGGUGAGCCCAUCCAGGGUCAGGAGUCCCGCCGAGGCAGCGGUGUCUCUGUGGAAGCCACCUGCUAUGACAAGUCACCGCUGCAAAAGUCCAGCGCCCGAAGCGCUUCCCCUUACGCGCCUGGGAGCACGGGGAGCGGCGGCAACAGCCGUCGAUCGAGCUGGAACAGCCUGGGUCGCGCCCCGUCCCUCAAACGCCAGAAGCGCCGAUCCGCUGAGCGACGGUCGCUUUUAUCCCAAGAGGGCGGCUCGAGCUCGGAAGAAGGCGGAUCGAUGGAGGAAGACGGCGCCUCCUUGGCCGGGACCGACUCGGCGUCCCGGUCCCAAAGACAGACGUAUCGGCGCAGGAUGGAGUCCGUGGAGACGAGGAGCUCGGUCGAUUUGCCACCUGAUGCCCUGCUGCAGGUUCCAUACCUGUAUCGCUCAGCUAGUAUGCACAGUUCUAGACCCCCUUUAGCGGGGACCUUCCGGCCCGGGGAGCGUAGCGACUGCAACGGGAAAGGCACGCCCUCGCUAUUGGGCCAGGUCUCAUUGGAGGAGAACACCGAAGAGGAAAAUGCUGAGGAAGACGUUCAUCUGGGUCGUCUGGCCAGAUUGUUUGGCUGGCUGGAAAAGAAACAACCCGAGUGGUGUCGACAAAGAGACACCUGGUCGCUCUACCUUUUCUCUCCGCAGUCAAGGUUUCGUUUGGCGUGCAAAAAGAUCAUCGACCACAAGAUGUUUGACCAUGUGGUGUUGGUUAUCAUCUUCCUCAACUGCAUCACGAUCGCCAUGGAGCGGCCUCGCAUCGACCCCGCCAGUGCCGAACGGAUCUUCCUCACAUUAUCCAACUAUAUCUUCACUGCGAUCUUUGUGACUGAGAUGACCGUCAAGGUUGUGGCUUUGGGUUGGUGCUUUGGUGACAAGGCCUAUCUGAGGAGCAGUUGGAACAUUCUGGAUGGGAUGUUGGUGAUGAUAUCUGUUAUCGACAUACUGGUUUCUCUUAUCUCCAAUUCUGGUACCAAGAUCCUGGGCAUGCUCCGAGUGCUGAGGCUACUGCGUACUCUAAGACCUCUACGUGUCAUCAGCAGAGCGCCUGGUCUCAAGCUGGUAGUUGAGACCCUGAUGUCUUCACUGAAGCCUAUUGGCAACAUUGUGGUCAUUUGCUGUGCCUUCUUCAUCAUCUUUGGCAUCCUUGGCGUACAGCUCUUCAAAGGGAAAUUCUUUGUUUGUCAAGGAGAGGAUGUAAGGAACAUCACAAACCGCUCCGACUGUUUACAAGCCAGCUACAGAUGGGUCAGACACAAAUAUAACUUUGACAACCUGGGACAGGCCUUGAUGUCUCUAUUUGUUCUGGCGUCAAAAGACGGAUGGGUGGAUAUUAUGUAUGAUGGACUGGAUGCUGUCGGAGUGGACCAACAGCCAGUGAUGAACUACAAUCCAUGGAUGUUGCUCUACUUCAUCUCCUUCCUUCUGAUCGUGGCCUUCUUUGUGCUCAACAUGUUUGUGGGCGUGGUGGUGGAGAACUUCCACAAGUGUCGUCGCCACCAGGAAGCUGAGGAGGCCAAGCGCAGGGAGGAGAAGAGACUGAAACGCAUGGAGAAAAAGAGACGGAGUAAGGAGAAGGAGCUGGCUGAAGCUCAGAGUAAGCCCUACUACUCCGAUUACUCCCCCACCCGUUUGGUUAUCCAUAAGAUGUGCACCAGCCACUACCUGGACCUCUUCAUCACCAUUGUCAUAGGGCUCAACGUCAUCACAAUGUCCAUGGAGCACUACCAUCAACCCAAGGAACUGGACGAAGCGCUGAAGAUCUGUAACUACAUCUUCACGGUCAUCUUUGUUCUGGAGUCGGUGUUCAAAUUAGUUGCCUUUGGCUUUCGACGCUUCUUCAAGGACAAAUGGAACCAGCUGGAUCUGGCCAUCGUCCUGCUCUCCAUCAUGGGUAUCACUCUGGAGGAGAUCGAGGUCAACGCUUCGCUGCCCAUUAACCCCACCAUCAUCCGCAUCAUGAGGGUGCUGAGGAUUGCACGAGUGCUGAAGCUCCUAAAGAUGGCAGUGGGGAUGCGAGCUUUGCUGGACACAGUGAUGCAAGCCCUGCCUCAGGUGGGAAAUCUUGGUCUUCUCUUCAUGCUCCUCUUCUUCAUCUUUGCAGCUUUGGGAGUGGAGCUGUUUGGUGAUUUGAUUUGUGAUGAACUCCAUCCAUGUGAGGGCCUGGGACGCUAUGCGACAUUUAGAAAUUUUGGGAUGGCAUUUUUGCUGCUCUUCCGAGUUUCCACUGGGGACAACUGGAACGGCAUCAUGAAGGACACUUUAAGGGACUGCGCCCACGAGACCACUACCUGCUACAACACCGUGGUCUCUCCCAUCUACUUUGUCUCCUUCGUCUUGACCGCUCAGUUCGUCCUGGUCAACGUGGUCAUUGCUGUCCUGAUGAAGCACCUGGAAGAGAGCAACAAAGAAGCCAAGGAAGAGGCGGAGCUGGAGGCGGAGUUAGAGCUGGAGCUACACGGCGAUGGCGGGGACGUGGUCGCGAGGUCGCCCCACUCCAACCCACUGGCAUUGGGCAUGGACAGAUCCAUUUGUGGGGGUUCCCCCUGGAGCUCCACCGGAGGACAGGAAAGGCCUGUGGACUCACCUACUGUUGAUAUACCCAGAGACAUCCGAGAAGAGCCGCCCUCAUGCCCGGAGCCCUCUCGUGAGGGUUCAAUGGAAGAAGGGGAGCUGAGUUUGAUGGACAACUUGUCUGGUUCUGUGUGCCUCUACUACGCGCUUGGCUCCAAAGGCGGCAAGCACAACCCGGACCAAAAGAUUCCUCUAGCUGAGAUGGAAGCUCUGUCUGUGGCCUCGGAGAAAUCCUGGUCCCUAGCUGUGACAGAGGAAUCGCUCGCUGACCAUUUUAAUCCCCUCUCUCUAAGCAGCCUGGAAUGCAAUGUGGAGGAAGGGGCAUCGGAAGACAACCUGUUGAGUGUCAGGAAGCCCGCGGUGGGACGCGCACACUCCUUACCCAACGACAGCUACAUGUUCUUCCCCCAGCAAGCCUUUGGCUCCAGUGGUUCAGUGCGUUCCCAACCUGCAGAAUGCUCCCAAAGACUGAGCAUUCCCACUGAUCUCUUCAGGCCCAUCAGCCCCCACCGCCACUCAGACUCUGAGAGCAUACCGCGACUCCCCCCUCCCAGACGGAGGCAUGCGGUGAGCUGCAAGCUCCGCAGACAGGUGGCGGUGUCUACUGAGUCUCAGGAGGCCUUGUGUUCAGAUGGAGGGGAAAGCAGUGAAGGACAUUCCAAUGUGGCUUCCCUCGGCCUCCCUCCAUCCUCGUCUUCCUCCACGUCCUGGCCUUUGACCUUCUCCCAGCAGCCUGCGCUCUAUCUGGUCCCCGCCACGCCCGGCGCCUCCCCGAAAGCAAGCGGCGAGCACACCCAGCGCUGCCGGGCCUGUGUGGAUCAGGAAGUAUCUCUUAUUACUGCGGGAGUGUUGACGGGAAGCCGCGACACGGUGACACACGACGACAAGGUCGGCAGUGCGAGCAGCACCGGUGCCAAAGAGGGUUACGAGAACAAUACAGACUGCCAAGAAAGCGGGGGUGCUUGUUUGAGGCCGCCGUUGAAGAGGUUUCACAGCGUGGACACACAAGGCCGCCGCCGCUGCAGCAGCGUUCUCCCGCCCCGUCCUCGACCCUACUCCUGGUCGGACGAGCCACGUCGCCACUCGGUGGAGGUUUGCCCGGCCGUGCCGUCCGGCCCCCGGUACGGCUCGCCGUCGGCCUCCUCCGGUUUGGUGUCGCGGGCCGCCAGUCUGCAAAUGCGCAGCCGGACCUCCACUCAGACUUCACCGCCCUCACCCGGACGUAAGAAGAAGACGAGUCCCCCUUGCAUCUCGGUGGAUGGAUCGGAACCCCGGUCCGGCCUCUCUCCGGGUGGCUUAGGCUUGCCCCCUCCCCUGCCCAACCGGGACACCUGCCUGAGGAGGAGAGUGCCCUCGAGUGACUCCAAGGACUCCUUUGACCUUGGUGUCGGAGAGGGUUCAGGACGGGAGGGUGACUCUUCUAACCCCAAGCUACUGACCCUUCCCGGUUUCUCCUCCGAGCACUGAUGGCGACAUGAAACACAGACACUGCGGAUGCACUUGCUCUGCUGCUGAUAGAUCUAGUAAUAAUGCUGUAAGAGAGUAAUAAUCAUCAUCAUGAAAAAAAAAAGUGAAACAUCUUUUGUUCUUUUUUAGGAGCAGUGCUGUAGUAGCGUAACGGCCUCUGUCUUUGUAUUUUUUCCUGCCGACACUCCAAGGCGGGAGAGCAAACAAGAAAGGGGACUCGCGCUCCUCGACGACACUACAUAGUAAGUUCUGGAGCGGCGGGCGACGUCAUCAAACGAGCAACUUUUGGGUCUUUCGCAGGGUCGACCACUCAUCGGAGGUACGAACGAAGCAAUAUGAACGUUUUAGAGGCACUAUUUUCUUAACUUAUUAGGCCAUAGUGUUUGUACAGGGUGUUGUUGCGUUGGUUUUGUUUGGGCUCGGGUUAUGAAUGCUUUGUCUUGUCUUUCACUCUACUAAGUUAGUUUUAGCUUUCUUGGUUUCUUAUACUUACGUACACGCACGCACGCACGCACACGCACGCACGCACAGCCUGUUAUUUUCAAGCACACACCUAGUGGUUUAUUGUUAGAAAGUCGCAAAUGGAUUAGUUUCAUCAAUUUCCCAAUUCCGUCAAAGUGUUGCAAGGGUGUAACAUGUUUGAAGGCCAAACUUUUGUCGGGUGUUUUUUCCCCCUACUUCAUACGACAGCUCCAAUUUGUAGAUUGUUUGGACACUGGGUUUUCUGUUUUUUGGAAGAGGGAGGGCGUGGUGGUACCAAGUUGUCUUUUACUUGUGUGAUGUUGAAAAUGACAACAAAAAGCACAUUGUUUCAUGUUUCACCUCAUCAACCUUAUUCUAUGCGAUGUAUUUAUUUAUUUUUCAAAAUAAACACUUAUUUCAAGUUGUA